AUGGCUUCUAAACCUAUGUAUCCAACUAGUAAAGAGGUUUCUUGUCCAGUAUGUGCAAAAACGAUGUUGCUUAAAAACUGGAAAGAUCAUUGUCGUGCAAAACACUCUAUGUUAAUGUCAGAUGAAAAAAUUAAUAAUCAAUACGAAAAACUCAAAUCAAACAUUUCAUCUACUUCAUCAAAGGCAACACCAGCUACAUCACCAGGUGUAGUUACAAAAAAUAUAUUUUCAAUGAAAAACUUUGUUGUUACCAAACAAACAUCCCCUCAGACCAGCAACACUAGUUAUAUUCAAUCUUCCGGGGAUACACAAUCUGUGGAUAGUGAUCAAUCCAGUUUUGCUAAUACAUCAUUAAAUAUUGAAGCAUCACUAUUAACUAUUGAUGCUGAAAAAAUGGAAACGGGCGGAGAACACAUGUCAGACCAAUCACACGAUGACACUUCUUCGGAUACAACAAGUAGCGAAAGCGAUGAUACACAGGAUAGCGAUUGUAAUAUUAAUAAUGCUGAUGGUAAUAUUACUGCACAACACAAAUACAUCGAUAAUAAUCACCCACCAAUAAUAGCAAAAUCUAUAGUCGGUGUUCGUUUUAUUAACAGUCAAGAAUUAUCUUUUGUUGAUAAACAACGUGCUCAAUAUCCGAAUAUCAAAUGGUAUCCAGAACAACACUCCAAAGAACAACAGCAUAAAUCGAUUCAUAAACCAAGUCAACAAUGGUUUUCUGAUCAUCGUCCUUGGUUAAGAGCAGUUUGUACAGAUAACAAAUAUGGACUGUUAUGUACAGAUUGUAGUGAAUUCGCUUCAGAUCAAGCGAAAAUCGGAAGAAGUGGUGGUGCAUUUAUUGCUAGACCUUAUUGGAAACUGAAACAUAAAGGCAUUGAAGGUAUUCGGGAACAUGAACAAAGUGAUUUGCAUCGACAAUCAAGAGAACGGCGUAUUAUUGCAAGAAAUAUUCGUGAUAAGGGAGAUGUUAUUGGUCAAAUGAAUUGUGUAAACAUGCAAAAACAAACGGAGAAAUAUUUAUCAAUAUUACUACAAGCAUUUUGGUACAUUUUAACAGAAGAAAUGGCUCUCAUGAAAUUUAAAUCUUUAAUACAAUUCUUACAACGAGUUGAAUGUCCAGGGAUUAUUGAAUGGAUGAAGUUGUCAAACGCCAAACAAAGAUAUUGGGGCCAUGAAGCUAUUUCAGAAUGGCUUUUGUCGAUAAAUAGUUACAUACAUCAACAACAAAUGCAAUCUAUUAGAAAAUCAAAUUACAUAAAUCUAAUUGUAGACGAAACACAAGACAUUUCAAUACAAAAAAUGGUAUCAAUUUGUUUGCGAUAUGUUGAACAAGACACGGGUACAAUUAAAGAACAAAUAUUUAGAAUGGAUUCAAUAUUUGAUACUACUGGUGAAGGGCAUACAAUACCCAAACCAAGUAAAACGCGAUGGACUUAUAAUUAUGAAAUAGUUCGAUUUGGUGUUAAACAUUAUUUACCGAUCGUUCAAACUCUGGCCACCAUUUCUCAAUUGAAAAUAGAUGGAGCGUCUGAUGGAAAAAGAUAUGCUAUUGAUUUGUUACAAUAUCGCACGGCUUUUGAAAUAAUCCUAUUACAAAAUAUUUUACAACCGGCCAUGAAGUUUCUUCGACAAAUAGAAACAAGAGCUUCGUGCAUGGACAAUUUUACAAUGCACGUAGAUGCAGCCGUAGCUACAAUCAGUCGAGCUGUGGAAGAGUUUGAUUUCAUUUCAUUACGAACGUUAAUGAAUAAUGUACAACAAUAUAUGCCAACAAUACCUUCUACAACUCACUCGACAAGAUCUCGAGCACCAGCACAAGUAGUACUCAUUCAACAAGAUUUUGAUGAAGAUGAGUUACGCGAAAAUGGACAACAAAUAGUGGCAAGUGUUUUACAAUCAUUAAACACGAAAUUUGACCGUGAAGCUAAAGAAUUGAUUAAAAAUGUCUCCAUUUUAUCAACACCAUCGAAGAUGACUGCUGAUGAAUUAUUACACAAUGAAUUGAUACAGAAAUAUACAAAUGAGAUCACAUACAAACACAUUAGUGUCGAUAAUAAAGUAUAUACAAGAACAGAUUCACCACUGCUAGACUUCUACAAGUUAAAAACAGAUGUUCAUUCAUUUCUAACAUUAACAAAAGAUAAGACCACAAUUACAUCAGUAUUAACACAUUUAGCCAAAUAUGGGCAAGAACAAGCACCAGAAUGGUAUAGAUUGUAUCAAGUGUUAGCUACCUUUGCUGUUGGAUCAAAUGAAGCUGAACGUUCAUUUUCCGCACUUAGAAGAAUUAAAUCGUGGCAACGUAACCGUAUAAGCAGCUCAACAGCUGAAAUAUGUAUAAAAGUGGCAACUUUGGCUCCAACUUUGACAGAAGAAGCCAUCGAAUAUAUCAUUCAUGACUUCAUUAGUCAUCCAGGUCGAGCAAAAACCAGGAAUGUCAAAAUAUUCAUGGAAGAUGACGAUGAAGCGCAACAAGAAAACAGUGAAGAAGACUAA